GCUCACAGCGCACCCAGCUGGCGCCGCGUAGCACUGGGACUCGCGCUCUCCUGCAGCCCGCUCCCCGUCCGCCGGCCCCAGCGGCACCAUGCACCUCUCCCAGCUGCUCGCCUGCGCCCUGCUACUCACACUACUCUCGCUCCGGCCCUCCGAAGCCAAGCCCGGGGCGCCACCGAAGGGCCAGCGAACUCCGCCGGGGGAGGAGUUGGCCGAGCCCCAGGCUGCCGGCGGCGGUCAGAAGAAGGGCGAUAAGAUCCCCGGGGGUGGCGGUGCCAACCCCAAGGGCGACCGGUCACGACUACUGCGGGACCUGCGCGUGGACACCAAGUCACGGGGGGCGUGGGGCCGCCUUCUGCACGAGCACCCCAACGCGCGCAAAUACAAAGGAGGCAACAAGAAGGGUUUGUCCAAAGGCUGUUUCGGCCUCAAGCUGGACCGGAUCGGCUCCAUGAGCGGCCUGGGAUGUUAGUGUGGCGCCCCCUGGCGGCGGACUGGGAGUCGCUCUGCACGGAGGUCAUCCUUGGUCACCGGCCGCCGGCAUCUGGAAACACCUCCAAUCUGAUGUGGCUUUCACAUUUCUUUUUUUUUUUCCCCUGGUACUGGGAAUACACAACACCAGCUGUUUUAUUAUUAUUUGGGGAGGGGAGGGUAUGAUUUUAUUGUUUGUCUUUUUCUUGGAAAUGAAAAAUAAAAAGUUAUAUAUUAUAUAUAUAUAUUAUAUACAUGAAACACACACCUACACCAACUUGAUGACAAGGGACAGUUUUUAAGAGACUGACAAAACCAGCUGUAAAACAUUGCUGUUUGUAAAUUCAUGUCAUGCAUAAGUGUAUUUAUGUUGUAAAGCUAUUUAUAUUGUUUAUAAAGAGAUAUUUAUAAAAAUUUUAUUUAUGUAACUAAAUGAAAGAAGCCAAUCAUUGUAAUGUUUUUGUCCUAACUAGUCGAAAAAUGUAAAAAAAUGUCAUUCCA